AUGGAAGCUCUUCAGUUAGAUAAAAACCUUUUUGCAACCUUAAGGAAAAAACUUGAAGUACCAGCUCAUAAGUGUGGAAAACUGAUUGGGUUUGGAGGUUACAACUUAAAGAAACUGACAGCAGUAACUGGUGUUCACGUCACACAAACUAAUGGUUCCAACUAUGACAUAUUUGCACCCAACCAGAGUGCCAUGGAUGAAGCUAAAGAGAUGAUUGAGGAAUUUCUGUCCGAGGAGAAAGAACCAGAACUUGAAUUUGGUGCUAUUUACACAGCAACAAUUGUAGAGUUAAGAGAAACUGGUGUUAUGGUUACUUUGUAUCCAGCUAUGACACCAGCCUUACUUCACAACUCCCAGUUAGACCAAAGAAAGAUAAGUCACCCUACUGCUUUGGGAUUGGAAGUGGGACAAGAAAUUCAAGUGAAGUAUUUUGGCCGUGACCCCGUUAGUGGAAGGAUGAGGUUGUCCCGUAAAGUUCUACAGCCAACGGCUACUACAGUCUUACGUAACUUGGGAGAAAAACAACAAGUGUCUACAUCUAAUCUUAACUCAAGCUCACAAUGAGUGGUGCUUACUAUAGACCAGCUGUGAUGUUGAACCAGGCUACAAAACUGUUAGUCAGGAAGAUGUAACAUAGUGUUUUGUAAGCAGGGGAGAUAUUUCUAUGCUAAAUUUACAGAGAUUAAGUACAUAAAGGACUUGAAGUGUUUUGACUUUCUCGAGGAACAAACAGCUUGAGUAGUUAUUACAAAAUAACAAAACACUCUUCAAAAAAUCUUUAUUGUACUGGCUGAAAUAACAGAUUAAACAUUUUUUACAUCAGGUUCAAAUAGGGAAAAAGUAUAAAUAUAUUCUUUUUUUCUUUUUAUAAAAAAUAGAGCUCUGGCUCCAUUGUACAUACCUACAGUAAUAUAUGUAUUAAAUAUAAUACACAAUAAUUGUGUGGUUAGACUGAACUUGUAUAAAUACACACUAAUUAAGGAUAACUAACUAUUCUUAUGUUACAUGCAAUUAUUCUCAAUUAUUUGGUUUUGAUUAUCAU